AUGACCGUAUUCGCAACUCUCUUCUCGCCAUUCUCUUCCUUUGUCUAUCUCCCGGCCAUCACGCCAAUUGCCGAGGCCUAUCACCGGUCUCUCGGCGAGCUCAAUCUUACCGUCACUGUCUAUCAAAUCAUGCAGGCUAUCGCGCCUCUCUUCUUCGGCGAUCUGAGCGACCAAAUUGGUCGCCGGCCUGUCUACAUGUUAACGUUUGCCAUCUACCUCGGCGCGAACAUCGGACUGGCGCUGCAGAACAACUAUGCUGCCCUCAUGAUCCUUCGCGCGCUGCAGAGUACUGGCAGCAGCGCGACUGUGGCGAUUGGCAGCGCCGUCGUGGCGGACUUGACGACGAGCGCAGAGCGUGGAGGCUACAUCACGGCCGUGCAGGCGAGCGUACAAUUCGCGCCGGCGCUGGCGCCGGUCCUGGGCGGCAUAUUGACACAGUUUCUGGGCUGGCGUUCCACGUUUUGGUUCCUCGUCAUUGCGGCUGGCGUUUUUGUUGUCAUUUACAUGCCAUUUGUACCCGAGACGGCUCGGAAUAUCGUUGGAAACGGUUCGAUCCCGCCUCCGAGGCUCAACACAUCUGUCACCUCCUCCGUUCAAUGGCAUCGCAAAAGGCGUGACCUUGAGUCAAACCCUCACGGGCACCCACUGCCUGAACCGAGGAAGCGAUCACUCAAGGUUCCCAUCCCCAAUAUUUGGGCUGCGGUUCGCAUCAUUUUCGAGAAAGACGUUGGUCCGUUGAUGCUCUUCAUGUCGCUUUUCGUCAUGGCCAAUUACGCCAUGUUGGUACCGUUACAAGACGUUAUCCGCCGACGCUACAACUUCAACAAUCUCCAAGUAGGGCUUUGCUAUAUCCCAUUCGCGAUGGGCUCGGUUCUUGGGUCCAUCGUGGUAGGCAAGUUGCUUAACUGGAACUAUGUUCGAGUCGCCAAGACUGUGGGCGUGUCCGCUGAUCGGAAGAGGGGCGAGGACCUUCGCAAAUUCCCCAUCGAGAGGGCCCGUCUGGACCUGAUGUGGCCCUGGACUAUCCUUGCCAUCAUCACUAUUGCGGUGUGGGGUUGGGUCGUCGACUCUGUACAUCAUUGA